GCGGAGCGCCACGGCCUGCUCGGAACCUCAGAGGCGGGACUUGAGCGCACGGAUUUAUCCCCGCCCAUCUUUCUUACUACUGAAUCCGCCCCUCCCCUCCGCCAAGUCGCUGGACAUUCUCAGCGCGUGAUUGGCUGUCCCUCCCUCAUCGGAGCCCAAAAGGAUUAACAAAAAAAAAAAAAAAAAAAAGAGGGGCGGGGAGUGGAGCGGAGUGGAGGAGGGGAGGCGCCAACGGCAGCAGAAGCAGCAGCAGCGCAACGGAGCGCAGCCCACGCGCGUUCGGACGGGAUCGCCCCGCUAUUCUGGAUUAUUAUACCUCGGUGGUCGUGGAGGAGGAGGAGGAAGAUGCGCAGGGAUGAGAAGAGGACAGGAGGAGGGACCGCGUCUCUGAGCUCGACCCCCGCAGCUGCCAGCGCUAAUGUGGCCGUCCCCGCAGAAUGCUGAGCCCCCUGCUGCCUUACAGCCUGGUGAAGAUGCACUGGACACCGGAACAUGCCCAGCCUUUAAGCCAAUGGCCGGAACAGCACCUCGAUGUCUCUUCCACAACGUCGUCACCUGCUCACAAGUCAGAGCUCUACCACAGUCGGCAGCGCUACAACUACGCCUGGGCCAACGAUGACAUCUCGGCGCUUACAGCCUCCAACCUGCUCAAGAGGUAUGCCGAGAAGUACACGGGGGUCCUGGACUCGCCCUAUGACAGGCCCUCUGUCAACUACCCGGAUGCAGCUUUCGGGUCGCUAAAUGGGCAGAAGAGUGAGACUGAACCCUGGCAGUUGCCUCAUGCCACCGACACCUCUUAUCCAGUUGCCCCGCUCCAUGAUGGGCUGCCCGGCUCCAAGCCCGGGGGUGCUUCUGUCGUGCCCCCAGGGGCAGGGAGCACCUCCAACCUCUCGGAUGUGAGCUAUACGGUCAGCUCCUGCAACGGUCCAAGCACACCUGCGGGCCUCGGUGGGGUUCCGUCUUCUCAGGAUUACACAUCAGCCUACAAUGGGACAUACCUCUCCACGGGGUACUGCCCCCAGCCCAGCACAGCACUUCCUCCUUCUCAUCCCCCAGGGCUGCUUGCACCAGCACCCCCUGCACCAUCUUUGGUGUCCACUUACAACUCUGCCGGCUCCAUGUACAACUACCCCUCUGGUGGGUACCCUCCCCAGGCCAGCUACGCGGGGGUUCAUCCCUCUGCACCCUACCUCCCUUCGGGCAUUGCGGCUCCCACACCUCUGCCCCCAUCAAGCAGGCCAGCCUUGGUCAGCAGUUAUGGCUACCAGGCUCAUGGCCUGCCCAUACCCGUGGUACCUGAAACAGGAACCUCCCUGAAAAGGAAAGCAUUUGAGAUGGCGGCGGAAGAGGAUGAGGGGGUGCGCUACAGGAAGUACAGCUACGAGCAGCCAAAGACCACCUCGGGCUCCCCUUACCACCUGUCCGACAAAGGCGAGUGCAGAGGCGGGAGCAGCACCAGCUUUGUGGCCGCUGGGUCUGAGGGCAACCCGCAAGUCACCUACAAAUCUGGAAAGCCAGCAAUGGUGGACGAACAUGGCACCAAAUACGGGAGCCAGCCCAUGAAGGCUUUGCUGUCACCGUCCUACAGCGGCCCUGCAGAGACCCCGCUGCGGCCAGACUUCAGCCCCCCGAUGAUAAAUGGAGAAAACGGGAACAGCAACGACCGUAGCCACACCUUUUCCCACCGCAUGACCCUCAAAGCGACAACGUCGGAGGAGCUGGCCGAGUUGGUCAGCAGUGAGAUGAUCGAUAGGGGACCACCGAUCCAGUGGGGUGACAUCCCCGGUCAGGCCACCGUAAAAGCAGCCAUCGAGGAGGAGCUGCUAUGGCCGGUCUUGCGUCCUGGCGCAUACACUGGCGUCAGCCGACCACCAAAGACCAUUCUGCUAUUUGGACCUCGAGGAGGGGGCAAAACACUGCUGGGCAGGUGCAUCUCUACUCAGCUGGGUGCCACCUUCUUCCGAGUCAGCGGCGCUGCCCUGCUCUCCAAGUGGAAGGCCGAGGGAGACAAAAUUCUACAGACCAUCUUCCUCAUGGCCGGCUCCCGCCAGCCUGCUGUGGUCUUCAUCAAUGAGGUGGAGUCUGUCCUCUCGAACGACGAAAAGAUGGGCCUCCUGUCCUACCUGGAAACGGCCCACACUGGCAGCAGCACAGUCAUCGUGAUCGGAGCCACCCGGCGCCCCGACCUCCUGGACGAGUCGGCGCUCAGACCCUUCGCCAAGCGCCUCUACGUCCCCCUCCCCGACAGCGGGGUCCGCCAGCAGAUUCUGCAUCACGCCCUGGCCCAGCAGAACUGCUGCCUGAGCGAACGGGACAUCGGCAGCAUCCUGCAGCGCACCGAGGGCUACUCAGGGAUCGAGCUCGUGCAGCUCUGCCAGCAAGCGGCAGCGGCGGCGGCAGAACAAUUGCAGCCCACCUCGUACAAGGACUUCGAAGGCGCCUUGUGUAAGGUGCGGCCUGGUGUGUCCCAAAAGGAGUUGGACCUGUGCAUGGAGUGGAAUAAGAUCUACACCUCCCCGGGACAGUGAGCACCACCAGGAGCCUCCGUUACAACCAAAAAAAGGGAAAGGGGGGGUGUUGUGCUGGGGUGCCAUUUGGAGCAGGUAAUCCCCCCCCCUUUUUUUUUUUACCCCUUAAGGGUCUUUUGAAGUAUCAGGUUGGACAUUUUGUGAUGUCGUUGGGGCUACACUCAGGAGAUAUCGUAUUUAUUAGCGGUCCACACGCCAUGUGCUCCAACGGUUGGCGCCGUAAGGAACGCAGACACCCGGGACCACCCGCCUCGAUCCGGCUGGACCAACACUCCACUCGGCAGGCACUUUGGAUUGUCACACUCUUUACUUCUGUACUCACUCAUAAUCACCGGCGGGGAUGCCUUGAACCCAUCACACCGGUACAUUGUAGGGUGGGACGGUGUUGGGGGGGCCGUGUCACUUUUCAGAGCUGUUAGAAAACGGCAGAAGUUUCUUACGCCGGCUGACGCUCGAGCAGACGGCUCCCGUGUGGACCUUAGCUUUUAUUUUGUUUUUUUUUUGUACGCCGUGUAUGUAGUCUCGUUUUAAAAUACUCAGGAAUACUUUAUUUACCUCAGAGAGAUGAAAACGAAUGUAUGUAAUCUAACGGACUUCCUAGUGAACUUUUAGCAUUUUAUCAGGAAAAAAAAAACGGAGACGUAGAAAAUUGUCCCAGUGAAACAAAAUGUGUGUUUACCUCAAAAGAAGAGAAAACUUGAAGUCAAUAGCAGGACUAACAAUGAAUGUAAUUCAGGUACGAUAUUUGAUCUUCCUCAUCCUCAUCCUCCUCUGUGCUCUUUUUUUUUUCUAAUUCCUCUCGUGUUGUCUCCUCUUCUCUCACUGGUAAGGUUCACUUUCAGGGCGGGCCAUUUUAUUGGGCAACAGACAGAUCUGUGCAGACUUCGUAGGUUGGUUUUGGGUAUUCAGCCCCCCCAAACCCUAAACCCCCCGCCGGCCUACAAGGUGUGGUCCACGCGCACACUCGGAAAUGUUUAAAAAUUUGUUUUGGUUUUCCGUUCACGCGUAAAUGUUAUCGACCGCCCACUUCAGAAGUGUAUGAAUUUGAAAACACGGGGGUCUCGGGCCUUCAAAAACGUCUGAUU